CUGGCCCGGCCCUGUCUGCUUUCUCCGUGCUGGGGCUGCAGCCACCGGCGGCUCAACUUGUGGGAUCGCUGGGGUCCGCAAUCGCCAGCCUCGGGCUGACCAGAGGGUCGCUGCGUUCUCGCGAGAAGUGCGCCGCUGCUGGGCAGAGGGGGUGCGGGAGCCGGCGCGGGCUCUUCAGGGGCGGAAGAUGGGGAGGUGCACCGUGAAGUCCCAGCUGCUGCUGCUGCUAGCGCUCGUCCUCCACCCCUGGAAUCCUUGUCUUGGUGCCAACUCGGAGAAGCCCUCUAGUGUCCGGGCAGAUAAAUUAUUAGUCAUAACUGUAGCAACAAAAGAAAGUGAUGGAUUUCACCGAUUUAUGCACUCAGCCAAAUUUUUCAAUUAUACCGUGAAGGUCCUUGGUCAAGGAGAAGAGUGGAGAGGGGGAGAUGGCCUUAAUAGUAUUGGAGGGGGCCAAAAAGUGAGAUUAAUGAAAGAAGUCAUGGAACAAUAUGCCAGUCAAGAUGAUCUGGUCAUCCUGUUCACUGAAUGCUUCGAUGUUGUAUUUGCUGGUGGUCCAGAAGAAGUUCUAAAAAAGUUUCAAAAGACAAACCACAAAGUAGUCUUUGCAGCAGAUGGAAUUCUCUGGCCAGAUAAGAGACUGGCAGACAAGUAUCCUGUGGUGCACUUUGGGAAGCGCUACCUGAAUGCUGGAGGAUUUAUUGGCUAUGCUCCAUCCGUCAACCGUAUAGUUCAACAGUGGAAUCUCCAGGAUAAUGACGAUGAUCAGCUCUUUUACACAAAAAUAUACAUUGAUCCACUGAACAGGGAAGCUAUUAACAUCACRUUGGAUCAUAAGUGCAGAAUUUUCCAGACCUUAAAUGGAGCCGUAGAUGAAGUUGUUUUAAAAUUUGAAGAUAGAAAAACCAGAGUUAAGAAUACAUUUUAUGAAACAUUACCAGCAGUGAUUAAUGGAAAUGGACCCACCAAGAUUCUCCUGAAUUAUUUUGGAAACUAUGUGCCUAAUUCAUGGACACAGGAGAGUGGCUGCACUCAUUGUGAAUUUGAUACAAUUGACUUAUCUGCAGUUGAYGUCUAUCCAAAUGUAACAAUAGGUGUCUUUAUUGAGCAACCAACCCCUUUCCUACCUCGAUUUCUGGACACACUGUUGACACUGGAUUACCCAAAAGAGGCACUUAAACUCUUCAUUCAUAACAAAGAAGUUUACCAUGAAAAGGAUAUCAAAGUGUUUUUUGAUAAAGCAAAACAUGAAAUCAGCACUAUAAAAAUAGUAGGACCAGAAGAAAAUCUAAGUCAAGCUGAAGCCAGAAACAUGGGAAUGGAUUUUUGCCGUCAGGAUGAAAAGUGUGAUUAUUAUUUUAGUUUGGAUGCAGAUGUCGUCUUGACAAAUCCAAAGACUUUAAAAGUUUUGAUUGAACAAAACAGAAAGAUCAUCGCUCCCCUUGUCACACGUCAUGGAAAGCUGUGGUCCAACUUCUGGGGAGCUUUGAGUCCUGAUGGCUAUUAYGCCCGAUCUGAGGAUUACGUGGACAUCGUUCAAGGGAAUAGAGUAGGAAUAUGGAAUGUCCCAUACAUGGCUAAUGUGUACUUAAUUAAAGGAAAAACGCUCCGUUCAGAGAUGAAUGAAAGGAAUUAUUUUGUUCGUGAUAAGCUAGAUCCUGAUAUGGCUCUUUGCCGAAAUGCUAGAGAAAUGACUUUACAAAGGGAAAAAGACUCCCCUACUCCGGAAACAUUCCAAAUGCUCAGCCCCCCAAAGGGUGUGUUUAUGUACAUUUCUAAUAGACAUGAAUUUGGACGACUACUAUCCACUGCUAAUUACAACACKUCCCAUUAUAACAAUGACCUCUGGCAGAUAUUUGAAAAUCCUGUGGACUGGAAGGAAAAGUAUAUAAACCGUGAUUAUCCAAAAAUUUUCACAGAAAACAUAGUUGAACAGCCUUGUCCAGAUGUCUUUUGGUUCCCCAUAUUUUCUGAAAAAGCCUGUGAUGAAUUGGUGGAAGAAAUGGAGCACUAUGGCCAGUGGUCUGGGGGGAAACAUCAUGAUAGCCGUAUAUCUGGCGGUUAUGAAAAUGUCCCGACUGAUGAUAUCCACAUGAAGCAAAUUGAUCUGGAGAAUGUAUGGCUUCAUUUUAUCCGGGAGUUUAUUGCACCUGUUACACUGAAGGUCUUUGCAGGCUAUUAUACAAAGGGGUUUGCACUAUUGAAUUUUGUAGUAAAAUACUCCCCGGAGAGACAGCGGUCUCUACGUCCCCACCAUGAUGCUUCAACGUUUACUAUCAAUAUUGCUCUCAAUAAUGUGGGAGAAGAUUUUCAGGGAGGUGGAUGCAAAUUUCUAAGAUAUAACUGCUCUAUUGAAUCACCACGAAAGGGCUGGAGCUUCAUGCAUCCUGGGAGACUUACCCAUUUGCAUGAAGGACUUCCCGUUAAAAAUGGAACAAGAUACAUCGCAGUGUCAUUUAUAGAUCCCUAAGUUAUUUACUCUUUAUUGAAUUGAAUUUUCUUCUGGAAUGGAUGACUGGCACGAACACAUCUUUGAAGUUGUGCUUGAGAAGAUGAGAGGAAUAUUUAAAUAACUUCAACAGAACAACUUCACUUUGGGCCAAGCAUUCAGAACACUUUUUGUAAAAAGUUGUUUGAUGUUUCUUAAUGUCUGCUCUGAGCCUUAAAACACAGGUUGAAGAAGAAAAGAAAGAAAAAAAAGUAAAAGAAAAUAUUUAUUUCUAUGCUUUACUGUCUCUUAGAAUAAUGAGGAUUUUCUGGAUUUGUGUUUCAARUUGAUAAAAUAUUCAGGUACAAAUGUACAAGUAACAAAUAAGCCUAAUAAUGUUUUCUUAUUUAAGAGGAGCCUGAGAAGAAUUUUAUUUAUCAACAUGUAAGGGAAAUGUAGAACGAAUGGAUAUAAAUGGAAAGUUUUGAAAACCUGGGUUUUGAAACCUGGGGAAACUGAUUCUAASUGAAUUUGGGUGCAAUUAUGUAAGUUCUUUCUUGACCACCUAUGCAGGUCCCUGCUCUAGUAGUUAUGGGAUGAUACAAAGAAAAUAACAAUGUUUUUCUCAAGAAACAGUGGAAACACAACCAAAGAGCAAAUCCAUUAGAAACAAUUUUUUUUYCCUAGAGCAUUUGAUGAUUUUACAUUUGUAUUAGAAAUUAAGUCCCAUAUUUCUUCCCAUGGACCAUCUAAAGCGGGCAAUAUUAAGUAUACACCAGAUCUAAAAUCCRCAAGUGUCCUUAUGUCAAAACAGAGUUUUUCUUAGUUUCAUUUUUUUUAAUUGUAGAAAAUGGUAAAGAAAAAGAAAAAAAAAUUUGAGACUAGUCGCAUUUUAUGAUUUUUAUAAAACUUUUUAAGUACUUGAAUUUUAUAUCAGGAAAAUAAAGUUAGUGAGCCUGGCUUCUUCCCUUUUUCCCUUUGUCUCUCUUCUUAAUCUUUUUGGGAGGGUUAUUCAUUUUUUUUCCUUCUAACUGUGAUUUCUGUUUUAUCCUUUUUAAUCUGUGAGUUCUUCUCUACCUUACUCUAACCCCCUUCCAAAUUGUUGACUUCAUUUAUUACCAUUUCUCUGAGUGAGGUGUAAAUGUCCUUCUUGUAGCUACUGUUUUUAAUUUAAAGGUUAAACUUGAAGUUUUUAAUCA